AUGGAAAGAGAGCAUUCCACAAGCUCACUCGAUGUCGAGUCCUCCGUUGGACUACUCAAUGGCCAAGACUCAAAUCCAAGUGCGUCCAAGGAGUUCGAUGAAUUCGUGCGACCGGCCUUCAGCAAGAAGAGAUCAUGGCAGAUAAAACUAUUCCUCUAUAUGCUCCGCUUCUUCGUCGGACUCAUGGCAUUCGUCGGAAUCAUGAACACGGUCAACUCACUCGUAAACAUGCGGGUCGAACGAUUCGUGCCAUCAUACGACAACCCCAAGCACGCCGCCGAAUACUCCAACCACCCUUGCUACUGCGGAGAGAGCGUGGCAGAAGCCAUAUCCAAAGGAUGCGUCUUUGACGAGUUGUCCACCGCCUGGCUUCCACCGCGAUGCCGAGAUGAGGAACUUGCGGCGGAAUUUGCAACCAAGGGCGACGGUCCCAACGGCACGUGGCUGUACUGGGCAGACAAGGAGCAUACCAAGCCGCUCAGUGUCCACGACAUCUCAAUGUACGCCGACCUCGGCACCAGCCACUUGUUCCACAUGAGUAUCGAGUGGCAUCGCCAGCACUGUCUGUACUCCUGGCUCAAGGAACAUCGCUUCAAGACGCGGCCGGACAAGGUCUUCGAUCCGCGGUCCGACUCCGACGGCCAUAUCUACCAUUGUAUGACCAUCUUCAACAACCCUAGAAACGAGACUGAGGCUGGUACCGUGCUUGAAGUAUGA